CCUAACCUUGUACCUCGUACCCCCUUCGCGAACCAGCAAUUGCCGGAAUUCGCUCGGCCAUGCAUACCCCGCAGGAAUUGCGUGACGGCGCAUCGAGUCAUCGUAAAAAGGAUGGUGAUUAUAUAUGCCAGAGCGAACGGUGCCCACUCGCAGAUCGAAGUUCUCUCAAGAAGGAAGAAACCCAAUCUAUAUUCCUCCAUUCUAAACCACCAUCAUGGCACCAUCCAUUACUGAGACCCCGACCCUUUCUCUCCGGGCAAAGCCGGUGUCCGCGCUGAAGACCGAUUCGGGCUUUAACAAAGAGAACUCAAUCGGAUAUGCAGAGGUCUAUAAGCAUGACGACGAAGUCCAGGGUACAGAGAAGCAGCCGCCCGCAUCAUUCCCAAAAUACCUCCCCGUCUGGGACAACGAGACAGAAAGAUACCCUCCUCUGCAACCAUUCGAGCACUAUGACCACGGCAAGGAUGCGGACCUCUCUUUCUCUGACCUCUUGCCAAAGGACAAAGCGCAAGUGGAUGACCUCACUCCCACCAUUGGCAGUGAAGUCCGUGGUGUCCAGCUGAGCCAGCUGACGAAGGAAGGCAAGGAUCAACUGGCUCGAUUCGUCGCCCAAAGAAAGGUCGUCGCCUUCCGUGACCAGGACUUUGCGCAUCUUCCUAUCGAUGAAGCCCUCGAAUGGGGUGGCUACUUUGGCCGACACCACAUCCAUCAGACAUCUGGAGCCCCCAAGGGCUAUCCGGAGAUUCAUCUCGUUCACCGCGGAGCUGAUGACACGAGUGGUGCCGACUUCCUGGCUACACACACCAACUCUAUCACCUGGCACUCCGAUGUAACAUUCGAAAAGCAGCCCCCUGGCACCACCUUCCUGUAUCUCCUGGAUGGACCAUCAACUGGAGGAGACACCUUGUUCGCGGAUAUGGCACAGGCAUACCGACGCCUCUCGCCUGAAUUUCGAAAGAGGCUGCACGGGUUGAAAGCGGUUCACUCCGGUAUUGAGCAGGUCAACAACAGCCUCAACAAGGGCGGUAUUGCACGACGAGACCCGAUCACAUCUGAGCAUCCCAUUGUCCGGACUCAUCCAGUUACUGGAGAGAAAGCACUGUUUGUCAAUCCACAGUUCACUCGCUACAUUGUCGGAUACAAGAAGGAGGAGUCAGAGUUCCUGCUGAAGUUCCUCUACGACCACAUUGCGCUGUCUGCAGAUAUUCAGACACGGGUCCGCUGGCGUCCUGGCACUGUUGUUGUUUGGGAUAACCGUGUGGCGGCGCACAGUGCACUGUUCGACUGGGCGGAUGGUCAGAGACGACACCUCGCGAGAAUUACGCCACAGGCUGAAGCUCCUUACGAGACUCCUUUUGAAGGAUAGAAGAUGUCAGACAAUGAACAGCGAUACAUAUGGCCACAAGACCAGGCUACCAUUUUCUCGAUAGAUAUAGUUAGCGGCAUCAUGAACAGACAGGACGAAUGUGACUUCUUUUGAAUGAUACAUCAUACA